GAAAGGGAUGCAGAGCGUGUCAGGAGAAAGGUGAAGAGAAUCGAUGUGAACACUGCUUCAGAUGUGGAGUUGUGGGUCAUGCUGCCCGGGGCUGUAGAGCACCAAAUAAUCCAGAAGAAGGUAGGAGCGAUGUAAAAAUAUCUGUUCAUUCCAUGAGACCAGACAGCUCAGCCUCUAUCUUGGGUUACAGUGGAUCACAAGAGAAAACUCAAGAGCUCCUGCGGCAAAGGAUUAAACAGCUGGAGGCGGAGCUAGAGCAAAGAGGAAAAACAGAGCAUGCUAGAGCUACCACCUAUGCCAACCACAUACCCUUGCGACAUAAAGCGAGAUUGGAGAACCUCAUUGGUCCAAGUUGUAUGGUUGACUGCUUCUUUGAAGGCAUGCCUAUGCAGGCGCUCUGGGACACUGGAUCGCAGGUGACCAUCAUCAAUGAGGAAUGGAAGAAAACUUGCUUUCCUCACAUUGAGACACGCAGCCUGAGUGAGCUGCUGGAAGAAGGUGAAACACUCAUUGGCCGAGCGGCAAACCAAACCGAUAUACCCUUCUCUGGAUGGGUGGAGCUGAAAUUCCAACUAGGGCCGAAAAGAGGGUCCCAGGCAGAACUCUUGGUGCCUGUGCUUGUCUCAAAUGAACAAGGCGUGGGGCAGCCCCCAAUCAUUGGCUACAAUGUUAUUCAACAUCUGGUGACAGAGGGAAUGGAGCAGCACCCUGAUGUUAUCCCAGAAGUGGUAAAGGAAGCUUUCUCCUGUCAGGAUGCUAAUGAAAAACUGUGGGACCCACCAGUGUCAAUUGAUCAUCUCACACCAGAGCAACAGGGAAAAGUUAAGCAGCUGCUGAGGGAGGAGUAUGCAGCAUUCUCAAAGGAUGAGAAUGAUGUGGGGUACAUCCCAUCCCUCCAAAUGAAAAUCCAGGGCUGGUCCUUGUGUUUCAAAGCAGGAAGUCCUGUUUGA